AAUUAUUUUCGUCUCCAAUUUAUUUAAUAUAGCCUAUGCCCAAUAGGUAGUUAAAAAUAGUCAUUUGGCGUUUAUAACAACAAAAUAUUGACAUAACCAUUGACUGUGUGUCCGUGUAUUUCCGUUUUUAAUUUCUUCGUUAGUCAACAACAGACAUCCCAUUAGUGUGCAUGUGGUCAGCGAGUCUUCCGAUCGUUCUUCAUUCAAUUUCUUCUCGAAACAUAACACGGUGAUACACUCUGCGCUCUAGUCGUUAUUGUGUAUCGACAUUCAAUGUAUUGACGGAAUAUUAUAAUAAUAUCGUUAAUAACUCUAAUCAAAAAUCCGUUUGAAAAACAUAACCUACCGUCAUUAAUUUGAAGUAAACUACAAAACAGAUUUAAGUUUAACGAUCACACAAUCAAUAAAUAUAAAAAAAAAUCUACUUAUUUUAAAAAGUGCGUGUCCAUAUAAACGAUGAAUGCCCUACAAAAUUCAACUAGUAAUACUGAUCAAAAUCAAAUUUUGAAACCUGACAUUAAUGAAUCAGAAUGCUUUAAAAAUUGUAAUCAUCCGAUCAGCAUGCUUGAAGAUCUACAAUUAUUGCGCAAAAAUGAAGUUUUAUGUGAUAUAAAAUUAAAAGCGGAUGAUGGUACUGUACUAUAUGCACAUAAAGUUGUUUUAGUAUCUGCAAGUCCAUAUUUUCGUGCAAUGUUCACUUGUUUUAGCGAAAGCAAUAAAGAUGUUGUUAAUAUAAAACAUCUAGAUUCCACUGUUUUACUCCUGUUAUUGGAUUUUAUUUAUACUGGUGAAAUCACAAUAAGCAGUAAAUAUAUCAAGGUGUUGUUACCAGCUUCUAAUUUCUUACAGUUAGAGUUUGUAAGAGAUGCGUGUGUUAAAUUUUUACAAAAACAACUGAACCCUUCAAACUGUCUUGGUAUCAGAGCAUUUGCUGACUUACAUAACUGUAUGGAAUUGGUGUCUAGUUCUAAAGCAUAUACUAAUCAACAAUUUUUAAAAGUGAUUAAAGGUGAUGAGUUUCUAUCUUUAACUUCUGAUGAACUGAUUCACCUAAUUUCGAGUGAUGAUAUUAAUGCUGCAUAUGAAGAAAGAGUAUUUGAAUGUGUUAUGAAAUGGGUAAAACAUGAAUUGAGUAGUAGGUAUGAUAGUUUACCUAGAUUAAUGGAACAUGUACGUUUGCCACUAGUAUCCUUAGAUUAUAUACUAAAAGAAGUUGUUGAGGAACCUCUUCUUAAAAAAAGUCCUAAAUUUAAAGAUUAUAUAAAAGAAGCUUUAAAUUUUCAUAAACUCAAGACUCAGCAGGUUUUUAUUAUUCCACAAACAAUUCGUACUACACCGAGACUGUCUGGAUAUAAAGUUAUUCUUAUGUUAAGUUUAUGUAAUAAAACACUGAUGUGUGAUACAAACUGGUAUGAUCCUGCAACCAAAUCAUGGAAAUUUUCGAUUGGAAUGGAUGAAUGCAUUAGGCCAAUUGGUCUAGUAACAGUGACAAAUCAAUUUUUAUUUUCUGUAGGUGGUUUUUAUACGCCGAAUUCUCAGACUCUUGAAAUGCUUGAUUUAUUUUCAUAUUCACCCUGUUGGACGCCAAUGCCCGACAUGUUAGUUAUUCGAUUUAAUUUAGGAGUUGGUGUUUUAAAUAAUUGCAUAUAUGUUGUCGGUGGAUCUAAUAAGAAAGGUAGUCUGAAUAGUGCAGAGGUGUUUGAUAUUUAUACUAAAGAAUGGCGAAUGAUAUCUAAGAUGUCUACCAAGAGAAGUACUUUAAGUGUUGGAGUGCUCGAUAAUUUAAUAUAUGCAGUAGGAGGUUAUAGCGGAUCAGCAACUUUAAAAUCUGUUGAAUGUUAUGAUCCUAAUCAUGACACUUGGACAUCAGUUGCAGAAAUGUCAGUAGGUCGCUUUGGUGCUAGUAUUGGAGUCCUAAAUGGUGUUAUGUAUGUUGUUGGUGGUAAUACUGGAUCAGGAAAUCUUAAAAGUGUCGAGGCUUAUACACCAAACACUGGAGUUUGGUCAUCUGUUGCUGAUAUGCACUUAUGCCGAUUCUAUCCUGGAGUGUUUGCAAUAAAUGAUUUAUUGUAUGUUAUUGGUGGAAAUCGUGGAUCUACUUGUUCUCUAGAAAUAUACCACCCUGACACAAAUUCUUGGGAAUUAGAAACAUUGCCAAAAAAUUUUGGUAAAAUGAUUUGUGGAGUAGUGGUUGAUAGGCUAUGUCAAUUUAGAAUUAAUUAACAUAAAUCAUAUCAUUAUUCAUUGACUUAUACAUUUAUUGUAAUUGUAAAUAGUGCUAAGUAUAAAAUUAUGUAUAUAAUUUAUUACUUAUGAUAAAAAGUGUAUUGUUUUAUUUUUUGUUAUUGUUUUUUAACUCUAUACAUUUAUAAUAAUUAUAUCAUAUUUGUAUAGUUGUAUAACCAUUGUUAAUUUUUUUUUUUUUUUAUUAUUAUUAGCCUUUAGUUAAUAACCAUUAUUAAUAUUUCAAAUAUUUGAAUGAAAUUCAACAGGAUAUUAUUUUUU